AUGCCAAUUAUAAAAAAGAAAUUCGGCAAAAGAAAAAGGAAAAUCACUGGUUCUAUACUUACAAAAAAUGCACCCCACUUGACUGGCCUACAAAACUUUACAAAUGCUUCCAGACCAAGAGUCGUAAAGAAAUUGUACAAGGGUGGCGUGAGACGUAUAUUUACUCCUUUCCAUAAAUUUGAUCAAAAGAAAAAGAUACGGAUGGAGAAAAGAACACUAUCUCCUGCCGGCCUUUCACCGAAAGAAAAAAGCUACUUAAUAUGUAGCUGUCAGGCAAAAUCAACUAAAUAUGCAAGUCUUAAAAGGAAGGCUGCAGAGGCUAUAAAAGAAGCAAAAAUAUUCUCAAUCCAAGGCAGUUGCAAUGCCGUCAGGAAAGCUUUAUUAGAUCGAGGAUGGGUGGAAAAGUUGCCUUUGGACCGCAUGAAUCUUACAAAAAUAAGAAAUGGUGCUUACUCAAGCAAAUUAGAAAUACAAAGUGAACUUGAAAGAUUACUUCUAUCCAAUUUCGUAGAUAAACAUAAUCCUAACUUCAUUUGGAGAUCUCGUGACGAUAGAAGAGAUACAACUAUAGACAUGUCAAAGGACUAUACUACGAUGAUUAAUAAACUGGAACUUGAUGCUGUGUGGACUUCAAAACAAGGGUUAUGCUCAUCCAUGAAAAGAAAUUAUUGGUUUUACAUCGAGGACGUCGCCGAAGUGAAAGGACCACGAUCAUAUAACACAUCUGAACCAGGUGAAAUUGAAGGAUUUAUACAUGAUUACAAAAUUACGGCGUGUACUAGUUUGCUAAAAUGGACUCUUUCAAUGGUGGCCAAUGAGAGACCCAUUUUCAAUCAUAUUGGCAAAAUUUCUAUAAAUGUGAUUGUUUUUGCCUUGAAUAGGUGUAAAGAAUAUCUAUUUCGUAAACAGCACAAAGAUAUAGAUCGAGAAAUUAACACUGUGAACGACGAACAGUGGAACUCGUUUUUAAAGAAGUACUACUGUAUCAUUGCGAGAAACGAAGUAUUUACAAGAGACAAAAGUAACAAAUUGCCGUUAUAUUUAAGUUAUGCCAAAUAUCUUUUAAGAGAAAUGCACAAAUAUAGGCCACAGCUAAGUUGCGAGGGUUGUCAUAAUAUAUGGAUAAUAAAACCUGCCCAUUGCUCUAGAGGAAGAGGCAUAAGAAUGGCAUCUAAAUUAGGAGUUAUCACGGAUUUGUUGUGCAAAGCCAAUGCGAAACAUGUCAUUCAGAAAUACAUCGAGGAGCCACUACUGAUUCAUGAGACAAAGUUUGACAUACGACAAUACUAUUUGGUAACAAGUACCUAUCCUUUAGUUAUAUGGAUGUACCGAGACUGUUAUUUAAAGUUCAGUUCGCAGAAAUAUAAUCUUAAAAACUAUCACGAGUCGAUUCACUUGACGAAUAAUGCGGUACAAAAAAAAUAUAGCAACUGCAAAAAUCGUCAUUUAGAACUACCAAGUAGCAAUAUGUGGGACUUAAAUAAAUACAAAAGUUAUUUAAAUAAAACAGGAAGAGAUGACGUAUGGGAUUCUAUUAUUUACCCUGGAAUGAAGAAAUCGAUUGUAGGGAUUAUGCUGAGCUGUCAAGACUCCCUCUCAGUUAGUAAAAACCGCUUUGAGUUGUACGGUUGUGAUUUUAUCUUGGAUAAUGAAUAUAAACCAUGGUUGAUAGAAAUAAACUCAUGCCCAGAUCUUAACAGUACAACACAAGUGACAGCAAGAAUAUGUCCGGCUGUGAUAACAGACAUAAUAAAAGUUGUAAUUGAUUAUGCAAAUAAUCCAAAUUCAUCAACGGGUGAUUUUGAAUGCAUAUAUAGACAGCCUCUGACUCUUCCAAAAUAUGCGAGUGCAACCGAUCUUGGUGUGCGAGGAUAUUCUCUUCCCAAUGACUAUUUUUACAAAGGCCACAUUGAAAUUCAAGAAUCAUAUGAAGAUCCUGAAAUCGGUUCUGAGCAAGAUGUUGAAGCAAUUCUAAAUAAGCUCAAACGCUUCUAUGACAUGGAGGAUACGGUUAUGGUACGGACAUACGUAUCUGACGAAAAAAUAGCGAACAAACGCGAGCAGUUAUCAUCUAGCAGUUUGACGGAAAAAGAACUGAGUCCUGUAAUUGAUAUUUCUAAUCCUUCUUCGCAAAAUGUGCUUAAAGUAGAAAGCGAAACUUCCGCUUCAAGCUCAAAAUCAUCAAAUGUUGCCGUUCAAAGUGUAUGUAGCGUCACAGAUCUAAAAACAAUACCACGUAAGACCAACUUAAAAAACUCAUUCAGUUUUAGCGAAUUAGAUGAUGGACCUCUAGGCAAGGCGAGUUUUAUCGAAUUUAAACCUAAAAAGAAAUCAGAGAUCCUUAAAUUGUGCGCAAUUCAGGAGACGGUUGCGUUACCAAAUAAAGACCCAGAAUUUAAUUUGAUAUCUACAAAACAAAACGAUUCCGUGCUCAUAGCGGCCUCUAGAUUGAUUUCAUUUAUGAGAGAUAAAGAAAAGGAGUACCUUAAUUAG